AUGCGAGCAGACUCCAAAAACAUUGCUGUCUUGAUCACUGAUGGAAAGUCCAGUGAUGAUACACUCCUACCCUCAAUGAAACUGAAGCGAGCUGGCAUUGAGAUCUACGCUAUUGGUGUGGAUAAUGCCAACAUAGGGCAGCUGGGGUCCAUUGUCUCCUAUCCAGAAGAAACUCACAUAUACUAUGUUCGUGACUCCUCAAACCUCUGGGACAUUUUGAAGAACUUCACCAUCAACAUCUGUAACAGCAUAAAUAGCUUAGACUCUGUCAGGCUGGUGAAUGGGACCAGUCUGUGCUCAGGCAGACUGGAGGUAAAGACUAACCAGUCUACCCAGCGCUGGUCCUCAGUGUGUGAAGAUGACUUUGACCAGCAGGAUGCAGAGGUGGUCUGUAGGGAGCUUGGCUGUGGGGCUCCUUCAGUCCUCCAGGGGGUGCUCUAUGGAGAAGUGGAGGCUUCAAUGAGGACCAAAGAGUUCCAGUGUGGAGGCAACGAGUCGGCUCUCCUGGACUGUAGAAGCUCAGGCUCAGAUAGAAACGUCACUUGCUCACCUGGAAAAGCUGUUAGACUCACCUGCUCAGAACCUGUCAGGCUGGUGGGAGGAUCCAGUCGCUGUACUGGAACACUGGAGGUGAAACGAGGAGACUGGAGACCAGUGGAUGUCUCUGAUUGGACCCUGAAGGAAGCAGUGGUAGUCUGUGAAGAGCUGGACUGUGGCUCUGCUCUUUCAGCAGGAAUGAGAAAUGAGUCCCUCCAAUCUGCAUGGGAGAUCAGUCCUAACUGUAUUCACUCUGGGUAUACCCUGAGAGAGUGUGUAACAUCAGGUUCCUCUUCCUCCAUCAUGAAGAUCACCUGCUUAGAGCCUGUCAGGUUGGUUGGAGGAUCCAGCCACUGUGCAGGAACACUGGAGGUGAAACGAGGAGACUGGAGACCAGUGGAUGUCUCUGAUUGGACCCUGAAGGAAGCAGCGGUGGUCUGUGGAGCGCUGGACUGUGGCUCUGCUGUUUCAACAGGAAUAAGAAAUGAGUCCUUAUCCAAAUCUGCAUGGAAGAUCAGUCCUAACUGUAUUCAGUCUGGAUCUGCCCUGAGAGAGUGUGCAACAUCAGUUUCCUCCUCCUCCAUCAUGGAGAUCACCUGCUUAGACUCUGUCAGGCUGGUGAAUGGGACCAGUCUGUGCUCAGGCAGAAUGGAGGUGAAGACUAACCAGUCUACCCAGCGCUGGUCCUCAGUGUGUGAAGAUGACUUUGACCAGCAGGAUGCAGAGGUAGUCUGUAGGGAGCUUGGCUGUGGUGCUCCUUCAGUCCUCCAGGGGGCGCUCAAUAGAGAAGAGGAAGCUCCAAUGAGGACCAAAGAGUUCCAGUGUGGAGGCAACGAGUCUGCUCUUCUGCACUGUAAAAGCUCAGAUAGAAACAACUGCUCAUCUGGAAAAGCUGUUGAACUCACCUGCUCAGAUCCCGUCAGGUUGGUGGGAGGAUGGAGUCGCUGUACUGGAACACUGGAGGUGAAACAGGGAGACUGGAAACCAGUAGAUGGCUCUGACCAGACCCCGAAGGAAUCAGCAUCGGUUUACUGUAGAAAGCUGAGCUGUAGCUCUGCUCUUUCAGCAGGAAGGAGAGAUGACUCCUCCAACAGAUCUGCAUGGAAGAUCAACUCCGACUGUGUUCAGUCUGGAUCUGCUCUGAGGGAGUGUGUAACACCAUUGUCUUCAUCUUCCUCCGUCCUGGAGCUCACCUGUUUACAUCCAGCAGCUGUUAUCAUCAGACUGGUCGUCCUGCCGCUGGCUCUGCUGUUCAUCACCAUUGUCAUCUAUUUCAUCAUGAAGGCCACCAGGGGGAAGAAAUUGGACCCACAGGAGAACAUCGAGCUGGAUUAUUAUAACCUCGGUGCUAGCAGAGCUGAAGGAGCGCCAGUUCAAGAGGAAGGAAUCCAGGCAGCAGAGUAGGCAGCAGAGUAAGAUCCCCAAAGAGCUCAUCUCACAUACAAAUGGAUUUCUCAGCUGCCACACAACUGCAUAUCAACUCAGUCAAUGAUUUUAAAUUGUUUCACAGAUUUUCCCUUUAAACUAAUACUGAUAUGACAACAGGAAGAGAAACUCAAGAAGAAAAUCGUCUUUGGUUUUAUGUCUCCUCUCAGUCUCAAGUGAUAAUCCAACCAGUUUUUUGCAGCCCAGUAUCAAUAAUGUAGAAAUGUCCAUAUUGAACAAUUCUGCACCUCCAGAUUUACGUCAGGUGCCGAUGCCGGAAGUAGUGUAACCGUUUUGGUAGCGAGAUGGAAAGAAGGGCAUGGAGGUCGAAGUGGUGGAUGGACGGAUGGAUGUAGUGCAU